AUGCAAUCACUCCCGCUGCGACCUCUCACUCUAGACAUCGCCUCCCGCGAUGGCGACGUGGUGGCGCAACAACGAGAGGAGCAGCAGCAGAUAGAGGAGAUUCUCGCCGUGUUGGAACAGCAGCUUAAAGACGCGACCGCGGAGGAGAAUUACCGUGAAGCAGCUCGUUUGAGGGACGCGAUUCGGGAGGUGAAAGCGCGUGAUCCGGUGCGACGACUGCAGCAGCAGCUGGAAGCCGCGAUCGCGGGGGAACGGUACAAGGAGGCGGCGACGCUCAAGGAGGAGCUUGCGCGGAUAGCCCCGCCCCCGCCUCCUCCGCCCGCCCUCCCUGCUUCUUCCUGCACCAGCGACACUCUCACUGAGGGAGUGCGCGUGGUGGUGCGCAGUGUGUACGUGCGGCACCGCAGCGACCCCGACCGCUCGCACUUCUUCUUUGCGUACCGCGUGCGCAUCACCAACGAGGGCUCUCGCGUCGUGCGCCUCAUCAGCCGCCACUGGCUCAUCACCAACGGCAAGGGGCGCGUGGAGCAUGUCAGGGGCCCUGGAGUGGUGGGGCAGCAACCGGUGCUGCCGCCAGGGGCAUCAUUCGAGUACACGUCUGUCUGCCCUCUAGACACUCGCAAGGGAGCCAUGGAAGGCGAGUUUGAGAUGGUGGACGUCGCAACAUCAGCUGCUUUCGAAGUCAAGAUAGGCGCUUUCGCCCUUGACGUGGAUCAGGAUGGCUUCUGA